CUCCCUGUACCUGGCCUUAGCAUCAACGCCGACUGCACUUGAUAGUGAGACGCAAGGCGGCGCUCAUGCUCAGGCGAUUGCUGAAGACAUAUAAGAAGCAGCCAUAGACACUUCAUUGUGAAGCACAUCUUCCAAUCGAUCCCCAGCUUGGUAUAUCCCGGAUUGCCCUUGACUCUUGUCUAAUUUCGGAAUCUUACGCACAGAAUCCGCUUCUCCCAAAUCAAAAGAUCAAUCAAACACUACAGAGGAUAUCUGCUCGUUCAGCAUAUUCAGCAUGUCCAACGAUUCAUUCCAUCCAUAUGCCGACCGCCAUGUCAACCCCAACGGUGCAGGCGACGCUCGUCCCACAGCCCUACAGGUUGUGCAGGAUGAGGGUCUGGUUGGAAAAUUGAGUGACAAAGUCGUGAUUGUCACAGGCGCAGCCAGUGGUAUUGGCGUUGAAACUGCUCGCGCCAUGCACGAGACGGGUGCGAAGGUGUACAUCAUGGUUCGUGACACUAAGAAAGGUCAAGAAGUCGUGGACGAAAUUCUGGAGAAUAGUUCGAUCAAGGCAGACAUGGGUGUCAUCCAAAUCGACCUUGCUUCGCUCGCUUCUGUUCGCAAAGCUGCACAAGAAUUCCUCAGUAAGGAGAGCAAACUCAACAUCCUCAUCAACAAUGCUGGAGUCAUGGCGAUUCCAGAGCGAACGCUCAGUAUUGACGGCCAUGAACAACAAUUCGCGGCCAACUACCUAGGUCAUUUUCUUUUAUUUCAACUACUCAAGUCGACACUCCUUUCUUCAGCAUCGCCGGGCUCAGAUUCGCGGGUCGUAGUCGUGUCUUCGAGUGGCCACCGCACGCAGCCACCUCAAUUCCAGGACCUUACCUUUGAGAAGAAUUACAGCCCUUGGGGUGCAUAUGGCCAAGCAAAAACAGCCACCAUUUGGAUGUCGAAUGAGAUCUUCCGACGUUAUUCUUCUCAGCAUCUCACAUCAACAUCCCUCAACCCAGGCGGGAUCUGGACACCUCUUCAGCGACACGUCUCGAAGGAGACACAGGAAUCAUGGGACAAGGAUCCGAAUGUGCCGAAAUUCAUGAAGAGUCCUGAGCAAGGGGCGGCGACUUCAGUUUGGGCAGCGAUCGGUAAGGUCUGGGAGGGUAAUGGCGCCAAGUACCUCGAGGACGUUGGCUUGUCAUACGAAGUUGAUAAAAGCGGAGAUGUCAGUCCUGGUGGUUACGCUGCUCAUGCUUUUGAUGCUGAAGGGGCAGAGAAGAUGUGGAAAGUCAGUUGUGAGCUCACAGGGGUCAAAGAUGACUGAAAAGUGUAUGAAAGUCCACACCUGAAUAUCUCACUGCAACAAUGAGGACGUCUCUGGUCUGUAAACAUGGAGCUAAAUUUUGUAUAUGUGCAAUCCCUGCUUCGAAAUGGAUGCAAUUUCGUAGCUGCUUCAAUCCUGAAUUGUUUAUGGAGUACGAGCAUUUUUAACUAGCCUCGGCUACGCAGCGGGGGUCGGCAAAUCGAGUGACCCGGUUAUGUUCUCUA